CAGGGGGAGCGCGAGGCCCGGACACAGCCUUCCUGCGUGGUUUCAGCCCCCCAGAGAGUGUCAUGGACCUGGGGAAGCCAAAGAAAAGCACGCUGGUGGUGGCUCUCCUUGUCAUUUUCCAGGUGUGCCUUUGCGAAGACGAGGUCACGGAUGACUACAUCGGAGACAACACCACCGUGGACUACACACUGUACGAGUCUGUGUGCUUCAAGAAGGACGUGCGGUACUUUAAGGCCUGGUUCCUCCCAAUCAUGUACUCUAUCAUCUGCUUCAUGGGCCUACUGGGCAAUGGGCUGGUUGUGCUGACCUACAUCUAUUUCAAGAGGCUCAAGACCAUGACUGAUACCUACCUGCUCAACCUGGCUAUGGCGGACAUCCUCUUCCUCCUGACCCUUCCUUUCUGGGCAUACAGCGCAGCCAAGUCCUGGACCUUUGGUGUCCACGUUUGCAAGCUCAUCUUUGGCAUCUACAAGAUCAGCUUCUUCAGCGGCAUGCUCCUGCUUCUUUGCAUCAGCAUUGACCGGUAUGUCGCCAUCGUCCAGGCCGUCUCAGCCCACCGCCACCGUGCCCGCGUCCUUUUCAUCAGCAAGCUCUCCUGCGUGGGCAUCUGGAUGCUGGCCAUAGUGCUGUCCAUCCCAGAGCUGCUGUACAGCGGCAUCCAGAAGAGCAGCAGCGAGCAAGCGUUGCGGUGCUCCCUCAUCACCGAGCACGUGGAGGCCUUGAUCACCAUCCAGGUGGCCCAGAUGGUCGUAGGCUUUCUGAUCCCCCUGGUGGCCAUGAGCUUCUGCUACCUCGUCAUCAUCCGCACUCUGCUCCAGGCACGCAACUUUGAACGCAACAAGGCCAUCAAGGUGAUCAUUGCCGUGGUUGUGGUCUUCAUAGCCUUCCAGCUGCCCUACAAUGGGGUCGUCCUGGCCCAGACAGUGGCCAACUUCAAUAUCACCAGCAGCAGCAGCUGUGAACUCAGCAAGCGGCUCAAUAUCGCCUAUGAUGUCACCUACAGCCUGGCCUGUGUCCGCUGCUGCGUCAACCCAUUCCUGUAUGCUUUCAUCGGCGUCAAGUUCCGCAAUGACCUCUUCAAGCUCUUCAAGGACUUGGGCUGCCUCAGCCAGGAGCAGCUCCGGCAGUGGUCUUCCUGCCGGCACACCCGGCGCUCUUCUAUGAGCGUGGAGGCCGAGACCACCACCACCUUCUCUCCAUAGGAGGUGCCUCUGCCGGGACUGGAGGGACCCCUCCCAGGUACCCUGGGAUAGGCGCAGGGAGCAGAGGACCCCAAAGCUGCUGAGGGAAGGGCAAUUCUGGCCGCUUGGGUUUAUCUCAUGGUGCAAACCUGUGCCACAGAAGACAGAUUAACCCCAACCCUAGCUACCUCAACCAAGGUUGCAAAGAGACAUGGCCAGAAAGCUACACCAGCUCCUGAAAUACUCCAAAACUAAGGCUCUUCUCCCCCAAACUAAAAACCAGGAGCAGAAGUCAAGAAAGAGUUCACUUUCCUGGAGUGAAGGGACAGGAACUGGUGAGAGCUAGGGGCCUCUGAACGAACCUCUUCUGACCCAGAAGGAAGUCCCCCAAGACUCAAAGGCUGAGGCAAGGUCUUCCAGAAAACAAGGCUCUGACUCCAGGACCAGAGGUAGGAGACUUCUUGGCUUGGCAGGAGAAGAAGGGCACCAGUGGGUGAAAACUAACUCGGAACCCCUCCCUGUCUCUCGUUUCCACUGUCAUCCGAACCAACAAGCAAUGACAACCUCCAAGCCUCCCUAAAGGCACACUUGCCCCUCGCCUCUCAUCAGGCCGUUGCGCUCUCAGGCUCUCCUCAGAGAGGGGUGUGGUGUUUCCUGCGGGCCGGGCCAGCCGCCUCCACCCACCAGAGCCACGUUCCCAGCCAGGGUUCUGGGGCAGGGAUGACAGGGAUGACGUGUGACCAGCUCUUCUCGGGUCUCAGUUGUGCUACAAGGGGAGGAGAGGGCAGGAGAAAGGUUAGGGGAUGGUGGGUGGGUGACAGUGCUGGCUGCAGAAAGCCAAUGAGCUGCUUCUCUGUGCUUUGUCACAGGGACAGAAGACUCUCAUCCUGUUCUGCUUUCAGUUCAUUACGAGAGCACAUGUUACUCAUACACAAAUAAAAGUUUUCCCUUGAGAAAACAAAAGCUUUAAAAGAAAGGAAAAAAUUUUUUUGGUAAAUGGCAAAUGAGUGUGUUCUUGUUUUGCAAACCUCCACGCCCCAGCAGACCACCCCCACCGCCCUUCUCUUCCCCAUUCUUCUUUUCUCGGAGGUGCUCAGAUAGGAGGUCUGCUGAGCUAUGCUCUGAGCCCAUCCAACGGCAGAGGCCCAAGAGGCAGGAGCAGAGCAGUGCAGGUCUGUCUCACAAAUACCCUUCCAGAGCUCAUGGGAUAGGACUCAAGCCUGUGCAGUCAGCGGUGACCCAGGGACACCAGUCUGAGCUGAACUUUGGAAGAAACCAAGCUGUCCCUGUAACCUCUAUAGCUGGAGACUCUCCCUGACUCUCAGCAAUAUUCACACAGUCGGUUCACCUGUCCCAGCUCAGGGUGGAACUAGAGCCCUCGAUCCUUUGUCAGUUCCCUCAGGCUCCCCAAACUGCUGUUUGGAGGGAGGGCCUUUCCCUGGGCUCAGAGCCCACAACACACUGGAUUAAGGGGAUGUUGGGAUAGGACCCAGGGUAUUGGCUCAUUCUUUGCUGGAUGCUUGAGAGCCAGGUCUGUCCAUGACCCUCCCUACCGGCCACUCUUGCAGUAAUGGCCUUCAAUGGUGUGGAGACCCAUCAUGGAGGGGCAGGUAGUGAGGGGCAUCCCCUGCCCCCACCCCUGACACGGGCCUGGUAUCCCUGUCACUGGGUUCCCUGAUGCCUUCCCAGAACUGACUUCUCCAAGCUAGAGGGAAGGUUAGUCCCACCUGGGACAUAUGAGCAGGUAUCUGAAGGGCCCAACACUGCAAUAGAUCAGGGCUUGGGGAGCAGGGCAGACACACUCAUGUAAAAGGUGAUCCCAUCAGAUUUCCAAAGUGAAAGAGCUUCACUGAAAAUGGAGCCUGCCUGGUAAUGAAGCCCAUUCUCUGAUCUUGUAAGCACACCACAUCACCCUCCUCCUCGGGAUGCACUGGGCAGCCUUUGUCAGCCAGGCUCCGAGGAGAGAACCAGGCGCCCUGAGAAGAAUGAGCCUGGCAGUGGUGCAAGGGGCAUGGAUCAGCACCACACUCAGUGUUAAAGGUGCAGCUGCAACUCCAGGUGGAGUAUGGGGAGAGCAGGAUGAUCCCAGGGUGCCUGCAGGGCCCUGAGGGAGCACACCCAGUGCGUGUGGGUGCAGAGCCCACGAGUGUGCACAUCCUAAUGAGGUCACAGAUGGGAAGACGACCCAUAGUUCCCAAAGGAGAGGAAUGUAACAGAGUGGUCAUGAACAGGAAGCUAGGCCAACCGCACAAACACGCCACCUCAGCUUCAAAUACAUUCUUCUAAAAUAACUGGACGUCUCCAAGUAUUUACAAAGACAACAAAACCCCCAGCAAUGUUAAUUCCCCAAAGUGCUGUAUCUCAGAAGUUCUGACCUUGGGUUGCUGGUGGCCUGUCCCUGCUCCCCUGCUCAGCGCUGUUACAUGCCUACCCUGAGCUUUGGGGGACCCCUGGAAAGAAGGAACGGACUUACUGGGGAGGCCCCCAGGCCUUGACCCCUGCUCAGGGCUUCUCUCUCUUUUUCAUCUGCUUCCUACAUGUGCCACAGUGCCCCAAGUUCACGCCCCCAUGGUCCCUGUGCAUCUGCAGCUUUCCUCUUCUUUCCACGUUAGCCCCUUGUGCCCCCAUCCUUCCUGGAUGCAACCCAGGCCACAGAUCGGCCCUUUAGGCCAGAACCACCACACCUCUGGAAUCACAGACUUAAAGAGCUGUAAGGGACCUCAAAGAUCAGCUGCAACCCCAAGUCAUUCCCUAGAUGGAGAAACUGAGGCCCAGAGGGAGGAACUGACUUGCUUAAAGAGGCAUUGCUAUGCAGGGAUGUUGGAUGAACUUGCUCCAGGGGCCUGAGGAUCUGGCAGGGUUGCGGGAGGCGGGUGGUGGAAAGCAAAGGCUCCAGGGUCUGGCCAACUUUGAAUCUCAUCUCUGCUGCUUCCCAGCUGUGUGACCUUCAGCUGUUGCUCAACCGCUCUGAGUCUCAGAUUUCUCAACUGUAAAAUGGAGAGGAUCUGGCAAACGUUUAGCACAGUAACUAGAAUGUUGAGUGUGAUGGUGAGGAACAUGGAAUCUGCAGCCAGACUGCCCUGUUGGCAUCUCAGCCACGCUACUUGGGCUGGUUCCUAAGUCUCUCUGUGCCUCAGAUUCCUAAUCUGUAUAAUGCAGAUAAUCCUAGUACCUACCUCUUAGGGUGAUAGUGAGGAGUAAAUGAAUUCAUAUAUG